CAACUCUCCCAACCUGCAGCUGCCAACCAGUGCCCAAACUGGGCUGCGUGGGGUAUUUAUAACCAUGGCUUGUGUGAACUCAGCUGCUAUAGUUAUCACUCCUGCUCGGCUGAUGGGGGCUGGUGUGUGUGUGUGACUGUGCAAGUGAGACUGUGUGUGACAGCAUCUCCCAAUCACAUUGCUCCCUGUCCCAUCUGCUCUCUGUCUGUCUGCUGGGCAGCAGGUUCCCAUAGCUGCUUCGAGGAGAGAAACCUGAGGAUUUCUAUUAACAAACGGACUCCUCACACAGGAGGAAUUCCACACAAGAUCAAGGAGGAAGACAAAGCCCCUCCGCCCCCCGUCCCACCCCCGCCUCUCUCCGUUGUGCCAGGGGGCUUCAUCAAGCAACUGGUCCGUGAGACUGAGAAGGAGGCCAAGAAGAAGGAGCCCGAAAUCAAGGAGGAGAAGCCUCAGCCCAGCAAGCUCAGUGACAACCUGGUGCUCCCCUUCCUGCUUCCUGAAGAGGAGAACACGCCCCCAGAGGCAGUGAUGGCCAGCCAAGCCGCGCUAUUGGUCAACGGUCUCCACGGUGAGACAGAAGGAAAAGGCCGUCCUGCCGCGGUUGCUAGGAAACCCUCGAGGAGGCUGAUGUCACCAGAGCCAGGAGGGAAGGUGUCUCACUCUGCUACUAACGGAGUCGCACAGCAACAGGAACUUGGGCCACACAAACAGGAAGAGGAAGUAGCCACGGAAACCAAACCGGAAGGUUCCCGCUCUCGUUCGAGGCGUGAGGAUCCUUCAGCAGGGAAAACAGAGAAACGAGAGGAAGAGGAGAGAGGGGAAGAAUCAGAAGAGAAAGAAAGAGAGAGAGACCAUGUGAAGAACGCAGCAGAAGAGCAGGUGGGAGAAGAGAGAGAUGGAGCUGUGGAGGGCAGAUUGGAAUCAGAGCAGAAAGACGUGUGGUACGAGGCAGGCAAGGUGUGGUAUGUGCAGAAGGAUGGAUUCUCUCUGGCGACGGAGCUGAAGCCGGACGAAGGGACCCCCGAUCUCCCCGAGGGGACAGCCAGGAUUCGGCUGGACAGCGAUGGGACCGUGGUGGAGGUGGAGGAGGACAAGAUUGAGCGGACGAACCCCCCCGGUCUGGAGCUGGCGGAGGACCUGUCUCAGCUGGUCAGUGUGAACGAGUCGAGCGUCCUGCACACGCUGCAGAGCCGCUACCAGGCGCAGCUGCACCACACGCUGGCGGGGCACAACCUCCUCUCAGUGCGGCCUGAUGCAGCCGCGGGGAAGGCAGGGAGGGGAAAGAAGACAGGCACGGUGCCCCCUCUCAUCCAAUCCAUGGCACAGCGGGUGUACUGGAGCAUGGUGACGGAGCGGCGGGACCAGACCAUCGUACCCCUGGGCCGCAGCGGAGCCGGCAAGACCACCAGCUGCCAGGCUGUCCUGGAGCAGCUAGUGAGCAAAGCGGGCUGCGUGGACUCCACCGUGACAGUGGAGAAGAUCCAGGCCAUCUUCACAGUCCUGCAGUCGGUCGGCUCAGUGACCACGCAGCACAACAGCGGCUCCACGCGCUUCUCCAUGGUGCUGUCGCUGGACUUCAGCCACGCCGGCAAAGUGGCGGCCGCACACCUGCAGACCAUGCUGCUGGAGCGCACCCGUGUCUGCCAGCACCCGGAGGAUGAGAGCAGCUUCAACGUGUUUGCACAGAUGCUGGCGGGACUCAGCACGGACCUCAGGACGGAGCUACACUUGCACCAGAUGUCAGAGAGCAGCUUGUUUGGAAUCCUGCCACCAACGAAGCCUGAAGAGAAACAGAAAGCCUCUGUGGCGUUCGGAAGGCUGGUGGCUGCCAUGGAAACGCUGGGAUUCACAGCCAAUGAGCAGAGAGCAAUCUGGCACGUGCUAGCCGGAAUAUACCACCUGGGAGCAGCGGGGGUCUGCAAAGUGGGUAGGAAGCAGUUUCUGCGGUUCCAGUGUGCUCAGAAUGCUGCGAGUGUGCUGGGCUGUGAGGGGGAGGAGCUGUCCACCGCCGUGUUCAAGCACCACCUGAAACACAUCCUCCAGCAGGCCACCAGGGGCGCCGCGAGCAGACACAGCACUGAGAGCGGGGACGGCGCUGACGGUCCCAAGCUGUCUGGAGUGGAGUGUGUGGAGGGCAUGGCAGUCGGACUCUACGAGGAGCUUUUCACCACGGUGGUCUCCCUCAUCAACAGGUCGGUCUCCUCCAAGCAGCUCUCCCUGGCCUCCAUCAUGGUGGUGGAUACGCCCGGCUUCCUGAACCCUCGCCACGGCAACAAGGAGCGUGCUGGAACCUUCGAGGAGCUGUGCCACAACUACGUGCAGGAGAGGCUGCAGGCCUUCUGCCAUGAGGGGACCUUCAGCACCCCACUGCAGAGAUACAGACAGGAGAAUGUUCCAGUGCAGUUCGAGGAGCCAGAGAGCAGUCCAGCCAAAGUGGUUUCUGUGAUCGACCAGACCUCGCUGCAGGUGAAGGGCCCUGUGGCUGGGCAGGGGGAUGAGCCUCGGGGGCUGCUCUGGGUGCUGGAUGAGGAGGUUUUGACCCCGGGGUCCAGCGAGGCUGUUGUACUUGAACGACUUUGCAACUACUACCAGAGCCAGCCCAGCGACGAUGAAACCCCCUGUGCAGUGCGUCGAUGUGAGCAGCCCCUGCAGUGUGAGAUCUCGCACCAGCUGGGCAGGGACCCCGUGCGCUACGAUCUAAGUGGCUGGUUCAGCCGGGCCAAGCCCAACCUGUCUGCCCUCAACGCUGGACAGAUCCUGCAGGAGUCCAGCCUUCCGAUGGUUCGGUCCCUCUUCGCCCCGCGCUCCAAGGUCAUGUCGGUGUGCCGCUCAGCUGGUGGUCUGGAGGGCAGUUCCCAGCAGGCUAUGCAGCGGACGGGCUGCGUGAGAAAAACCUUCAGCAGUGGGCUGGCGUCCGUCAGGAGGAGAUCACAGUGUGCCCUGGUCAAGCUGCAGGCGGACGCCCUGAUAAACCUGAUCAAGCGAUCCCGCGCUGUGUACCUGCACUGCCUGCUGCCUCGCUCGGAGCUCGACGGAGUGGACUGGAAGGGUCCUCCUGUCCUGGAGGUGGCAGUGAUGCGCACUCAGCUCCAUGCGGCUCAGCUGCUCCAGGCUGUGCAGCUCUACAGGACUGGGUACCCCGAUCACAUGGCGCUCAGUGAUUUCCGACAUCGCUUUCAGGCCCUCGCCCCGCCCAUCAUGAAGAAGUACGGCUCUGUGUUCAUAAAGACGGACGAGAGGAAGGCUGUGCAGGAGCUGUUGACAGAGCUGGACCUCGAGAAGAAGAGCUUUGCGGUCGGCCUGAGUCAGGUGUUUCUGAAGCGGGGAGUGCUGUCCACUCUGGAGCAGCAGCGGGAGAAGCUCGUCACACACAUUCUGGUGUUGCUGCAGGCUGCCAGCCGCGGCCACCUCGCACGCCAGCACUACCGCCGCAUGAAGGUCCAGGAGCUGGCGAUGCGCUGCAUACAGAAGAAUCUGCGCAAGCUGGCAGGGGUGCGGGGCUGGAGCUGGUGGAGACUGCUGUGCGGAGUGCGCCCCCUACUGGACAUCAACAUCGAGGACCACAAGUUCAGGGCCAAGGAGGAUGAGAUCACAGCGCUGAGAAGGAGGCUGGAGAAGUCAGAGAGAGAUCGCAACGAGCUGAGACAGAGCGCCGAUGCACUGGAGACAAAGGUGACGGACCUGUCCUCUGAGCUCUCGGACGAGCGUUUCAAGGGUGAGGCGGUGUGUCAGGUCCUGGACAGCGAGAGAGCUGAGCGGCUGAGACUGAACCGGGAGGUCAAGGAGCUGCAGAGUAAGUAUGAUGUGGCGCGGAAGAGCCUGGAGUCUGUGGAGAGAAAGCUGGAGGAGGCCGUGCAGCAACUCCAGACCUACGAGCUGGAGAGAGGGAUCACCACCGGCUCAGGGGACGAGUGGCAGCUCCGCUACGACUGCGCCCAGACGGAGAUGGAGUUCCUGCGGAAGCGUCUGCGGCAGAUGGAGGAGAGGAUGGAGUCGGAGCUGCAGGACCGCAAGGAGCUGGAGCUGAAGUUGACAGAUUUGCAAGGGAAGCUUGACGAGACGAAGCGGUCAGCCUUGCAACUGAAGAGGAAGUGUCGGCGGGUGACCUUUGACCUCCAGGACACGCGGGUGCUGAUGGAGAGCCAGCAGGGACGGAAUCAUGACCUGGAGAAGAAACAGAGGAGGUUCGAUACAGAGCUGGCCCAGGCCCUGGGAGAGGCUUCCUUGGAGAGAGACAUCCGAGAGAAAGUGUCCCUGGAGAACAACAGCAUCCGGUCAGAGAUCUUCAAACUGCAGCGCAGCAUCCAGGAGGGGCAGUCAGAGCUGGCCUUGUUGCAGCAGCAGAAGGAGGAGCUGGACACUCAGCUGCAGGACCUGUCGACACCACAGACCCUCCACCCCGACUCGGCCGCCACGUUGAAGAAGCAGCUGAGGGAGCUGGAGGCGAGAGUGAAGGAGCUGACCGCUGAGCUCACCGAGCAGGCAGCCACAAUCCAGCAGCAUGAGCAGACGCGGCUGCGGUUCGAGAUGGAGAUGGAGAGGAUGAAGCAGAUCCACCAGAAGGAGCUGGAGGACAAAGAGGAGGAGCUGGAGGACGUGCAGAAAUCAUCCCAGAGACGGCUGCGGCAGUUGGAGAUGCAGUUGGAGCAGGAGUAUGAGGAGAAGCAGAUGGUUCUGCAUGAAAAGCUGGACCUAGAGGGGCUCAUAGCCACCCUGUGCGAGCAGAUCGGGCAUCGUGAUUUUGAUGUGGAAAAGCGUCUCCGCAGAGACCUGAGGAGAACUCACACCCUGCUGGCUGACGCACAGCUGAUACUGGGAACACUGGAGGAUCCAGUGAGCAACGGAAUCAGCAAAGAGGAGGCAGAGAAGCUGCAGUCCCAGCUGACGGAGAGCGAGAGCAGGUAUGUGCAGGCUGAGAAGAUGCAUAAGACUCUGAUGAUGGAACUGGACAGUGCACAGCUGGAGCUUGAAAACAUCUGCCGGAACAAGAGUCUGGUGGAUGAGCAGCUGUACCAGCUCCAGCACGAGAAGACAGACCUGCUGAAGAGGAUCGAGGAGGACCAGGAGGACCUGAACGAGCUCAUGAAGAAGCACAAGGCCCUCAUUGCACAGUCGUCCAGUGACAUCAGUCAGAUCAGGGAGCUGCAGGCUGAGUUGGAGGAAGCCAAGAAGGAGAGGCAGAACCUGCAGGAGAAGCUGCAGGCCAGUCUGAGUCGUGUGAGCUUCAUGGAGGGGUCCAUGGUAGAGCGCAGCAUCGUCAGCAGACAGGAGGCACUGAUCCGCGACCUGGAGAACAAGCUGGAGUUCCAGAGUGACCAGAUCAGGAGGUUCGAGGUGCUGGUGCUGCGGCUGAGGGACAACGUGGUGCGGAUGGGUGAGGAGCUGGAGCAUGCUGCCGAGACGGAGGCCCGGGAGAAGGAGCAUGCCCAGUACUACCAGCAGCGGCUGCAGGAGAUGAGAGUGGAGAUGGAGGACCUGGCUCGCAGCGAGCUGGAGAGCAGCCGGCGCAGAGUCGAGCUGGAGAUGAGACUGGAGGAGCUGAGUGCAAUCAGGCAGACAUUACAGGCCGAUCUAGAGACAUCAAUCAAGCGCAUCGCGGAUCUACAGGCUGCCCUGGAGGAAGAGUCCAGUGAUGAAAGUGACUCUGAAAGCGUCCAGACAGCAGUGGAUUCCUUUGGCAGGAAGCGAGACUUAGACAGCCUGUCCACUGUGGGAUCUGCGGUCAGUGUGGACCCCGGGGAGGGGAUCAGGUCCUGGCUGGGGGUCCCCCGAGGCCCCGGGUCCCCCUAUGGAAGCAGCAUGGCCAGCAGCGUGGCCAGACAGUCCGUGUCCGAAACUAUGAGCACGUACAGCAUCAGGUCGCUCCCCAGAGACUCGGAGGGGAGCAGGCCAGGGUCCUCGCUCAGCCUGCGGAGGAGGGAGCUGGGCCAGGACAGCCAGUCGCGGAGCAGCGUUGGGGAGGGAGCCAGGCAUAGGGUCACGUCGCCCCUGGCAGAGUCCACAGGGUCUACAGGGUCCGCAGAGACAGAGGAGAGAGAGCGGGCUCCAAGCUCGCUGGCGCUGUCAGAGUUCCUGGAAGAGCUGCGUCGCAAGCGGGGGAGCGAGCGAGCGGAGCAGGGGAGCGGAGUGGGACGGGAGGGGGGCGGCACGCUGCCUAUAUACCAGACUACAGGGGCGUCGGUGCUGAGAAGGCGUGCCAGCUCCAUGCUUGAGCAGGAAGACGUGACGAGCGUGGGCUCAGAGGCGUCCUUCAGGCCCACCAUCCUCAAACACACCUCUGAGCCGCAGGAUGCCAGCCAGGCUGCCGCCAGCUCCGCCCUGAGUCCUCGCAUGACUCGAUCAGCCAGCCUUAGGUCCCUCCCUGAAUCCACAGGGGACCGGAGGAUGACCCGAUUCAGCUCCUGUGAGGCCCUGUCCCCCAGCCCCAGCACCCCCCGCCGCACUCUGCCCAUCCUGGAGGCUGCCACAGAAGAAGAGGAACUGUCCCGGCCUCUCUCCAGGGUCCCGCCGCCAAUCCGGAAGCGCCUGGGGCUGUCUAUCGCAGAGGAAGAGAACGGGGAGGAGGUGCAGCUGGGGAAGGAGCCGCUGGUCUUCAGAAACCGGAGGCUGAGCAACCUGACGGACGAGGACAAGACGGUGGAAAGCAAGGGAGACGGCAUGGAGCCGGAGAUCCUGCCUGCCAUCCGCAGGGCCCAGUCCACCAGCAGCCUGGCCCAGAACGGGGCGGAGCGCAGGGAGGUCAGGCGGCCACUCAGCGUCCACUUCGGGGAGCUUCCCUCGACCAAGACUGCAGCUCACAGGGGGGGCUCCGACUCCGACUCCGAGGGAUCCACUGUGUCGCUCCGCAGCGUAGAGAGUGCAGGGGCCAGCCAGGGGGCCGGGAGAGUGCGUCAUCGCAGAGCUCUGGGGGAGCUGGGGGAGGAGGAGAUGCAACAGCAGGAGGCGGAGGGUCAUGAGAGAGACGUUAGCAGCGUGAUGAGGAAGUACCUGCGCAAGAGGGACAGCUAACACAGUUUCCAUGGAGCCGGACACGGACCUGCCCAGGGCAGAGGAAGAGAGCACGCCCCCUUGUGGGAACCGACAGUAGUUUGUAAAGAAAGUAAAAAAGAGACAGUUGAUUUAAAAAAUUGAGUUUGUUAAACAAUGCUGUUUGUUUGGUC